AUGGAUUGUCCGGACGAUCAAAGUACCAGCGAAUCCUCCGUCUGGACCUUCUUCCUAGGCCCCAAGCGCGUCAAGCAGACGAUCCAUUCCGAACUAGCCCGUCAUGUCUCGCCGGAGCUGGAUAAAUUUGUCAAGGAAAAGUCUGUCGUGAAAGACUCCAAGCUCGGCUCAGGGUCCGUGGUAACAUUGGAGGAAUUCGAUGCCGAAACUUUCGCUGCCUUCUGGGCAUACACAUACCGAGGUGACUACAAAGCUCCCAAGGCACCAGUGCCUCAGGAAGAAAAGGCAAGACGAGGCACACUUGAUAGUGCCUUUAGUCCUUCUUCAAGAACAUGGCGAGGGGGUUAUCGCUCGGACUCUAUGUCCUCGGGCGUGCCACCACCCGCGCCUUCACCACCCCCGGAAUCUGUCCAAUCUGUUACAUCUGUCAGUCGAUCGUCAAGAUAUCAGAUUGAGCCUCAACACCAACUUCAGAUUCAAGCCCAGCCCGCUGAAUCAGUAACUGAGCCUGUAUCUGAAGCAAAGUCGGUCAUCGAGGAGCCAUUGGCUCCGACUCCAGUGGACACACCAGCAGAGGAUACGCCUGCAGGACCCGAAGAUAACGGCCCAAAUAAUGAAGCCGUGGAACCUGUGGAAGCAAACGCCGAGCCUGACGCUGAGGCGGAGCCAGUACCGGUAACCGAAACUGACCCUUGGGACGAGUCAAAAGACGAUGGAAAAGGCAAGAAGUCUAAGAAGGGAAAGAAGAAGGGCAAGAAGAACCAACCCGAGCCCGUCGAGGAGACCCCCAUCAACUUCACGCCGCCCUCAACGCCACCCCCGGAAGCUCAAACAGAUUCGAAUGAAGCUCCAUUCGACGCCAUAGCACCAGAGCAAUCCACCGGCACAGACCAAGCCGACUGGCGCGGAGAGCCCACAGCCCCAACCGAGCCCGAGCCAGCACCCGCUCCUCCAGCCGAGCCCUUCUCAGUCCCCGAGCCAGAACAACCAACAGAAGAACGGGAGCAAGCCAAAGAGCACAACGCCGACUCAAGCGCCCCAUCCCCAGCCCACUGGGAAACCGACAUAACCGACGAACAACCACCCAUCCCCCAACCCCAACCCCCGACCAAGCCCUCGAUCGACAUGUCCUUCGCCAAACAAUCCCAAACCGAAGCAACCCCCCACACCCCAGACCUAAGUCUCUGGGACUCCUUCGCCUUACUAGAAUACAACGACGAGACGCAAGCGCCGCGCGCCCCCAGCCCCGCCCAAGAAGUCCCGUACCUAACCUUCCACGCAAAAGUCUACGUCUUCGCCACCCGCUUCCUAAUCCCCUCUCUAGCGCAGCUCUGUCUCCGCAAGCUGCACGCCGACCUGCUCAGCCUGGUCCUCGAAGACGGCGAGAGCACGCACACGACGCCCGUCUCGGACGACGACCAGCUCGCCAUGCGCCAGGCGCCCAUGGUGCUGGAUCUGCUGCGGUACGCGUACACGUACACGGAGCGGCUCGAGCCGAUUUCGGAGACUGUUGCUACGCAGGUGAGGGAGAAUGAGCUCAGGAGGUUGGUCGUGCAUUAUGCGGCUUGUAAGCUUAAGGCGCUGGCGAGGUACCGUGUGCCUGGGGAGUUGGAUAGUGGGGCUGGGACGCCUGGGCGGGGGAUGGAUGGGAAGGGGGAGCGCGUGGUGGAGGGUGGGUUGCCGAGGAAUUUGAGGGUGUUGCUUGAUCGGACGCCGGAGUUGGCUUCUGAUGUUGUUUAUCGGAUGAUGUGA